AACGGGUUGGAAAGUAGCGCCAGCCCUACCACCACCACUAUCCCCACUCCCCCCGAAAUCCAACCCAAAGCUUCUUCAUUCCACCGCUCAUGUUUUCCUCAUCACUCUCAACUUCCCUUCCUCCAAAACCUUACCUCUCUCACCCACUCUCCCCCUCACUCCACCAACCACCGUUCCCUCACUCUCGCCCUCCGUUUCCUCCUUCCAUUCGCUGCGGCAUUAGGGAACUCCGAGAAAGAAUCGACAUCGUUAAGAACACUCACAAGAUCACUGAAGCAAUGAAGCUCGUCGCGGCUGCCAGGGUCCGACGGGCCCAAGAAGCCGUCCUAAACGGCAGACCCUUCGCCGAAACGCUCGUUGAAGUCUUGCACGACAUCAACUGCCGUCUCCGAGACGACGACGUCAUCGUCCCCCUAACGGACGUCAGGCCCGUCAACUCCGUCGCCCUCGUUGUCGUCACCGGAGACCGCGGCCUCUGUGGCGGUUUCAAUAACGCCGUCUUGAAGAAAGCCGAAGCUCGGAUCCAACAGCUACACAAGCUUGGCUUGAAUUGCGUUGUGAUUAGCGUUGGGAAGAAGGGGAACGCGUUUUUCAGCCGCAAGGGAAGUGUUAGGGUUGAUAGGUUCGUUGAAUGUGGGAGCUUCCCCACUGUGAAAGAAGCUCAAAUCAUUGCUGAUGAUGUGUAUUCACUGUUUGUUACAGAGGAGGUUGACAAGGUUGAGAUUGUUUACACCAAGUUUGUGUCAUUGGUGAAGUUUGAUCCUGUGAUUCAAACUCUGUUGCCGUUAACGGCUAAAGGCGAGGUUCGCGAUGUGAAUGGGAACUGCAUUGAUGCCAUUGAUGACGAAUACUUUAGGUUGACUACAAAGGAAGGGAAGUUGGCAGUGGAGAGGGAUGUUGCUGUCAGGGAAUUUGCUACGCCGCCGAUUAUGGAGUUCGAGCAAGAUCCGGUUCAGAUUCUUGAUGCUAUGUUGCCUCUGUAUUUGAACAGCCAGAUCUUGAGGGGUUUGCAGGAAUCACUAGCGAGUGAGCUUGCUGCUAGGAUGGCUGCAAUGUCUAAUGCAACCGAUAAUGCUGUUGAAUUGAAGAAGAAUCUGUCGGUUGCUUAUAAUCGUGAACGGCAGGCAAAGAUCACAGGGGAGAUAUUGGAGAUUGUGGCCGGAGCUGAGGCACUAAUACCAGUUGAUUGACAAGUUGCAACUUUUCUUGUCAUAAAUUUUGCCUUGAAAUACCAAAAUCUGUUAAUUGUUAUAUAGAACAUGGGAUUAUGAAGUUUGCCAACAUUGUUAACUGCAAGUAGAACUAGAUUAAGGAAUGAUAACUAUAGUGGCCAAUUUUGACCUGUAAUACUUUUAUGUGUUGUUGUAUCAAAGUGAAAAUAUAUUUAUGCUUUCCUUGAUAUUUCAUACUUAUUCAGAUUGCUUAUGUUUUGCUAGUUUUCUAACCAAAUGUAUGAGUUCACUUCAGAAAAUUUGGCGAGUCUCAACGUUUUAAACUAUACUAAGUUUGGCAGAUAAUAAAG